CCGCCCAGCAGCAGCAGCAGCAGCAGGAGGAUGGAGGCGCGCAGUGUCCCCGCGGGGUCGCCACUGCGCCUGGCGCUGCUGCUGCUGCUCACGCUGCUGCUGCUCACGCCGCCUGCUCACGCAUCCUGGUGGUUCAUCGGUGCCCUGGGCGCCCGCGUCAUCUGCGACAACAUCCCGGGCCUCGUGGGCAAGCAGCGGCAGAUCUGCCAGAAGCAGCCCGACGUGAUGCGUAGCCUGGCCGAGGGGGCCCUCGACUGGAUCCGCGAGUGCCAGCACCAGUUCCGGCACCACCGCUGGAACUGCAGCACGCUGGAGCGAGAUCACUCCGUGUUCGGCAGGGCCAUGCAGCGCAGUAGUCGAGAGGCGGCCUUCGUGUACGCCAUCUCGUCUGCGGGCGUGGUGCACGCCAUCACGCGCGCCUGCAGCCAGGGCGAGCUCACCUCGUGCUCGUGCGACCCGCGCAAGAAGGGCAAGUGGCGGGACGCGCGCGGCGAGUUCGACUGGGGCGGCUGCAGCGACAACGUGGCGUACGGCAUCCGCUUCGCCCGCGGCUUCGUCGACGCCAAGGAGAAGAAGGAGAAAGAUGCGCGGGCGCUCAUCAACCUGCACAACAACCGCUCGGGGCGCAAGGCGGUGAAGCGCUUCCUCAAGCCCGAGUGCAAGUGCCACGGGGUGAGCGGCUCCUGCACGCUGCGCACCUGUUGGCUCGCCAUGUCCGACUUCAGGCGGACGGGAGACUUCCUGCGGCGGAGGUACAACGCCGCCAUCCAGGUGGCGCUCAACCAGGACGGCACGGGCUUCCUCGUGGCCAACCGCAACUUCAAGAAGCCCACCAAGAGCGACCUCGUCUACUCCGACACGUCCCCCGACUACUGCCUGCUCGACCGCGAGGCUGGCUCGAUGGGGACGGCGGGCCGGGCGUGCAACAGGGCGUCGCGCGGCACGGACGGCUGCGAGGUGAUGUGCUGCGGCCGCGGCUACGACACGACGCGGAUCACGCGCACCGCCAAGUGCGAGUGCAAGUUCCACUGGUGCUGCUCGGUGCGCUGCAAGGAGUGCCAGGAGAGUCUGGACGUGCACACCUGCAAGGCGCCCAAGCAGGCCGACUGGCUGGACCAGACUUAGGGCGCCGGGGGCGCACGCCACGCCGGGCUGGGACGCGUCGAGCGGCGGCGGCGACGGCGUCAGGACGUGCGACGGGCUCCGAGGUUCUUCGUCGAUAUGAUGGCGGCGGUGGGUUCGGGACAGGGAGGUGUUGACGGAGCUGAUGGACCGUGUCGGGAUGGGAGGGUGGCAGCGCUGCCGGGGGCAUGCCCCGAAAUUGCGCGACGCUGAGAGAGAGAGAUGAGGAGGAUGAGGAGGAGGAAGAGGACGCGCGGGGAAGUGCCGCCACUUUUGAGCCGGGAAUGGCCCCUCCUCUCCACCCGUCCGGAAUCGCCGAUGGACACGACCGCGGGGGCUUGGCCCGGUCGUCGGCGCGUCGACGACUCCUGUGCAAGAAGUCACGGGGAGAGCGGCGGCGGCAGCGGCGGCGGCGGCUCUCGACGUCACCGCUGAACGUCGCCCGCGUCUCGUGCGGCGUUCGAGAGGCUCCGAACGACGAGCGGCGUCUUUCGUUUGUUGUUGUUGUUCUUGCUUUUCCUUUUGUGACCGUGAACUGAAAGUGCAAUUACGUCCAAAGUGACCCGACCCGCGCGGGACACACACACACAGAGAGAGAGACGCUGGGGUCGAGAUUUUGGAGCUGCCCUUCGCUCUUGUGGUGGUGUGAGAGUCUUCUCGGGGACACGAGUUUACUGGCGACUGUUUGGUGAUUGUCUCCCAGCCCCAUCCACCCGCCCGCCCCAUACUCCGCUCGCUGUUCGCCCGCAACCGGCGAGCGGCAGCGGUGUCUCCGUGAGCGGCCUUCCCUCUCGUACGCACGAGCAGUCUUCUUCACCGCAGGAUUCCCUCGUCGUUCGCGAGGCGAGGGUGGUGGCUACGUUCCGCGGACGCUCGCGAAUUUAGCUGCGUUUUUUGUUGUUGUUGUUGAGCGGAUGACGAUAUCGGGCCGCGGGAAAAAAAUUAUUUCUCUUAAAUGGAUACGUAAAUAAGCUAUUAGGUACACGAGAAUGAUCAUGACGACACAAACCAAUAACAAUCGGUGUUGAUAAACGUAAAGUAAAUAAAUGUUAAGUAUUAAAUAACAGUUUAUGAAUGAACUCAUCACAUUCUCUCUUUCUCACCACUUGAUCCCAUCACUCUCGACAACAGCAGUCGUGCAGAGAGUUCCAGACGCGAUUCGCGGGCAGCCAAUAUCGUGAAUAACGAGGGAAUACUGUGUACAUAUUUGCACAUAAAGCGCCUGCCAUAGCGUGCAUAUUCUUCGUAUAGCCGUAGCCUGCUUUCAGACUUAGUCGGAUAUGUAGUUGGCAUACAUUGUUACAUUAUCCAAUAAGUUAUUAAAUACUAUUAACUAUUUCUGAAUAGCUCUCCGAUGUGUAUGUUACCCACACACGGCAAGGUUUUCCUUUGAUAUAACAACUAUUAAUAAUGCAAUUUCUGUCAUUUAUAGCUGUAUACUGGCAUGGUAAAACGUUUCCAAUGUUGUAAGUAAAUUAUAUCUUUACGCGUGCGUGCGUGCAUGCGUGUGACUGUGUGUGCGUGUGACUGUGUGUGUGUGACUGUGUGUGUGUGUGUGACUGUGUGUGUGUGACUGUGACUGUGUGUGUGACUGUGUGUGUGUGCGUGCGCGUUAUUGCGUGUGGGGAGCGGUAACGCAGUGGUUAGCGCUACGCCGCGCUACGAACCCGGCGAACCCGAGUUCGAUUCCCGCUCACGGCCAACGCCGGUGACGAAUAUCAGAACCGGCCCUGGGCCUCCCCUAGGUCGACUCGACCUCAAAUGAGUACCUGGUGCGGUGUGUAGUAAACAUCGCCACCGGUGAGACAAAGGCGGUCGGGCGUGGUGCUGGCCACCCACCCCCUCGUGUGCCACAGUGCCGGGCCUUCACGGGUGCUCGCUAACAGCAUUUGCCCCAACAGUCUGUUAAGGCUACACGGGGGAUCUUUGUCUUUGCCUUUGUGUUGCUGCGUCAACGACUGCAAGUUGCUGGCGCGAUUGACGGUGCGCGAAACCGCGAAGCAGCCAAUGAAUUGUUGUCGAUAUCUGCCACAGUGUUCAUGUACAUAAGCGACGAGGUGGUUCUUCUAAUAUAAAUAACAGCAAAGCAUUUAAAACAAAUAUAAAGUAUUUAAUUAAUGUGUUUCCAAGGCAUGUUUCUUUUUUUGAUACUGACAAUGCGGGGUUCAAAGGUCGGACGCGUCAACGUGAGCUCACCCCCGAGUUGCCAAGCACGUGGGGUGUGGUGGGGGGGCCGGGCUGCCCCCCGCCCCGGUUGUUUUCACUCGGAUCGUUGUUUGAUCAAUAAAGUC